UCUUGUUUCACGCUGAAAAUUGGUCCAGUUUCCCAAUGUGUCACCAUUCAGAUGCUUUAGUUCACGUGCGUCGAUCUUUGUGCUCACGUGAUCUGUUAAUUCUCUGCGCAUAAAAAUGCAUGGAAGCUCUUUACGAUCAAGCGUUCUUCGCUUAAGCUUAACGACAUCUUUACUCUAGAGGCGUUAAUUGAAAAUUUCUUUGGCUUCUUCAUGGUGAACAAGAAACGAGUAACAUUCGCCGAUAUAUUAGGAUUCUCACUGGUGUCUGUGGUCGAAAUUUAUCCUGAAAACUGGUUUCCUGACAGAAUAUCUGAAAAGCACAGAUCUCAAGCUAAAAGUGACCGUAAUUAUCGACGAAGCCAACUGAAAUGCUUGUUUGACCAACCAGUGAACACUGAGGACUUCCAAAGAAGAGUGAAGCGAGAGCAUGUUUGUCUAGAAAAUGUAGUCUGUGACAAAAAUGUUAUCCGAGGAUUUGUACGUGUGUUGAACGUCGCUUACGCGAAAGAGGUUUUUGUACGUUACACGAUGGACGGAUGGAAAACCUUCAGAGAACAGAGCGCCUACUAUUUGUCGACCUCAAAAGACGUAACUACCGAUACAUUCUUUUUUGGCGUAUCUCUGCCCUCAGACUGGCAAGAUGCAAGCACAGUGGAGUUCGCCGUUUGCUACCGUGUUAGCGGACAGGAGUACUGGGACAAUAAUUAUAAGAGAAAUUACUCUAUACGGCUUGGGUUCAAAUAAGGACACGGUGACCUUACAUGAAAUCAAUAGCAGGGUUAAAAGGUUACCUUCUGAAUUCUAAUACCAUGUGUUUAUUAAUAGGAAAAAAAGAAGAAGAAAAACGCGCAUUUCGAUAUUUCCUCAUGUUGCGUGAAUAGCGUGACAGUGUAGAAGUGCACAGUCAUUUGCAUGUGUCCAUGUAUUCGUGCGGGUUUUCGUUUUGAUGAAUUCAUACCUUCAAUGUAUUGGGAAACUAUAUCUGAAAGAAAAAAAACAGUAAAAAGAAAGAAAUGAACAAAAAAAAAUAACAGAAAUAUACAAGAAGUGAUAUAAUUCGACAAUUGUUCACAUCGCGUGACGUGCUGUAUUCGAUGGCGUGACAGCGUCUAGGGGGUUUGUAUGCGACAAAUAUCACAAUUUUGGUUAUAUCUGCACAAGGUCUGAGGCUUAGUUUGCUCAAUUUUACAAAAUUUUAAAAAUGAGAUACGGUCUUGAAGCCACUGAAUAUUGUGAUCAUCCAGUCUGCUUUAUGGACCAAAGCCUGUAAGCCGACCUAAUCGCUACGCUAAUAGGGUCGAAAAGGAAAAUCGUCGAAGUGUCAUUGGUUUUACUGUUGUCUCUUAUUAGCCAAUUUCAGAGUAUUGCAAAACAGUGUAAGUGCGUAUCCUGCCUUGCUUAUAAAACUCAUUCUAAAAUCAUUCCUAACACAAAAUAUCCCGGUAUUAAAAGAAUGAUUUACCCGUGGGAGGGGAAGGGUCUGUGGGAAAAUGAUCGAAGAGGUUUCCUCCCUUGAUAGGGAUCUCGACGACUUUCACGCCCUGUCAUAGGGUCGGGAAUUUGACUUGCCGCCAUCUUGGAUGACCGCGUGAAACUUGAAAGUCACCUAAAGUCACCAUGUAAGGGUGGGGAAAUUAACUUUUAAAACCGGGAAAUGUAAAAUUCCCCCAGGGUCACCCGUCCCCCCUCCCCGUUCCCUCCAUCCUGGAGAAAACUAAUGAUAGAUGCAUUAGUUAGGAACGUACCAUCCUAUUUCGAAGGGGGUUGAAUCCUUUUUGUGCUUAGUAUACCUUAUAUCCUGUACAAGAACUCUUCCAAGCCUUCCCAUUUACCGAUUUUCUUUACUCAAUAAAUGUCAAAACAUUUUAACUGUCGCAGAAAAAGUUCCAACUUAUGGCUCUCCCUUUGUAUCCUAAUAUCUAAGCACAUUCAACUAUACAGAGGAAAUUACUACGACGAAGAACGGGGAAAGGCGGGA